AUGCUCCGUGACUAUUGCAAUAAAAAUUUGAAUGAAACUGUACAAGAUGACUUUGAUUGUUUUUGCGUCACUGUCCUACCUGUUGUACCGUGUAUAUUUUUCUGGCUUUUGCUACCAGUUUUUUACGCUCAAAUUUAUCGGAUACGAGUAAAUGGUGGAGUGCGCUCUCAUCCGUUACCAUGGACUAUUCUACUAAUUGCUAAAACUGCAUUAAUGAUGUGUUUGCUAAUAAAUGUACUUGCAAGGCUUAUUAUUAGACUGUACUAUAAUGGAAGCAUCGCAAAUAAACCAUUCAUUGACCUUUUGUACCCAACAAUUAUAGCGCUUACUUUGUCAAUGCAAGACUUGGAUAAGGCUUGUUUUGUCCUUUACCAGAUGUGGUACCCACUUCUCAUCAUUCAAACGUUACUGCUUUGUUUUGCUGAUUGUCGAGAGCCAUUUCUGAUUGAAGCAAGAAAAAAACUGAAUCUGUCACCUGAAUUGGAUAGCUCAUUCCUGAAUCGUUUAUUGUUUUGGUGGUUCACAAAAAUUCAACUGUUGGGUACUCGAAAAACAUUGGUUAUUGAUGACUUAUAUCAGCUUAAUGACGGCAGUACUGCUGCAUACCUGUCUGCCAAAUGGGAAAAACUAUGGACUCCCGCUAUUGAGAGUUGAAAAAAUAAAUUAAAACCACCAUCAAUUGUGUGGCGAUUGUUUUUAAUGUUUCGGUUUGAAAUUUUAUCAGCAUCAGCUAUCAAAAUACUAUCUGAUGUGAUGCAAUUUGCUAAUCCAUUUUUUCUCAAUUUAUUACUAAAUUACAUUUCAACUGGGAAUCACAGCUCCAUGGAAGGCAUGAUCUAUGUGAUAGGAAUGUUUGCUUGCGCUGAACUUCGUUCAUUUCUUCUCAAUUACUACUUCUAUCUGAUGAUGCGAGUGGGUACUAAAAUUCAGACCACAUUGAUUGCUGCCACUUAUCGAAAGACUUUACGACUGUCGAAUUCAGCCCGGAAAACCAAGACUGUAGGUGAAAUUGUAAAUUUAAUGGCGAUUGAUAUCGAGAGCUUCCAGUUCAUUACACAGCACAUUCAGCAAUUCUGGUCAUGCCCAUUUCAGAUUACGCUUGUUUUAAUAUAUCUUUUCUUUACCAUUGGUGCAUCAGCCGCUUGUGGCGUAACUAUUAUGAUUUUAUUUUUGCCAUUGAAUGUUAUCACUUCAGUUAUUGUUAAGAAAUGGCAGACUGAACAAAUGAAGUUGAAAGAUGAGCGGAUUAAAAUUUGUAAUGAAAUAUUGAAUGGUAUAAAAGUAAUUAAAUUGUAUGCUUGGGAACCAUCAAUGGAAGAAGUCGUUGAACGAAUUCGAUGUAAGGAACUCCAUUUGAUUCGAAAAGUGGCAAUGCUAACAUUUGCAACAUAUACGCUGUCAAGUUCCGCUCAUAUUCUUACACCGCAAACUGCAUUUGUUUCAUUAACUCUUUUCAAUCAAUUGCGCUCACCAAUGUCAGUGAUUGCAUAUUUAAUGAAACUGGCAGUGGAGGCAACAGUGGCAAAUAAGCGAAUUAAAAGUUUUUUAGUUGCGGAUGAAUUAAAUCCAUUAACCAUUGAUCGCAUCACCGAUCAUCUCGAUGCGGAAAAUGCAACUGAAAUAAAAGAAGCUCGUCUGAGUUGGAAUGUUUCGGGACUGGAAACAGCAUUAGAAAUCGAUUAUUUCACGAUACCAAAGAAAUCUCUAAUUGCUGUGGUUGGCAGAGUUGGCAGUGGAAAGAGUUCCCUUCUUAGUGCCAUUAUGGGUGAGAUGGAGAAAGUAAAAGGUUUCAUCGGUGUUAAUGGCCGAAUGGCCGUUGUUAACCAGCAACCAUGGAUCCAGAAUUCAAGUCUUCGAGAGAACGUGCUAUUUGAGAAACAAUUUAAUCGAAAAUUCUAUGAUAAAAUUAUAGAAGCCUGUGCUUUAGUCAAAGACUUGGCCGUUCUACCAAAUGGAGAUGCUACUGAAAUUGGUGAAAAAGUUACCCGCGUAGCUCUUGCUCGGGCGGUUUAUCAAAAUCGUGAUAUUUACCUGUUGGAUGACCCAUUAUCAGCAGUGGAUAGCCAUGUCGCAAAGCAUAUUUUUGAAAAGGUAAUUGGUCACAAUGGAUUAUUAGAGCAUAAAACAAGAAUUCUGGUGACGAAUAAUUUGGUAUAUUUGGAUAAAGUUGACACUGUUGCUUAUAUGCAAGAUGGUAAAUUGGCUGCAUACGGUCCAUAUAGAAAAUUACUCGAACAAUCCGAGAGUUUUUCAAAAUUUAUCGAAGCAUGUCAGAAUGAAAAUGAAAAAGAGCAAGAACGGAAGACAGAAAGUGAAACAAAUGAUUUAGCAUUAUUCGAUGAUGACAGUUCACAUUCAAUUAAAUGUGAAGAAUCCGAAGUUGAGGAUGUCAAUAAUGCAAGUACUGACAAGCUUGAACGACGAAUUUCAAUGCCAGCAACGAUGGGUAAAGAAUUAUCACGCAUUUUUCAUCGUCCUUCCGUAACGAAAUCGCUUCCUGAAUCUUCAAAUAGUUCGAUAAAUAAUGAUAAGAAGGAAGGAGAGUCUCAAUCGACUACAGUUGAGAAGGUCGAAAUUGGCAGGGUGAAAUUUGAUGUUUAUAUGCAAUAUAUUCGAUCGGCAACCUUUUUAACAUCGUUUCUCUUCCUCUUUCUUUUCGCAUCUUACGGAAUUCUCCAAAUGGGACGUGGAUUAUGGCUAUCUAAAUGGUUGGGAAAUUAUUCGAGAUUUUCCGAGAUUAAGCAAUUUUCGCUUGGAGUACAUCUUGGGAUAUAUGCUUCUCUUGGCUUCGCUGAAGGCCUUUGUUUCUUUGGUGCGGUAGUAUUUUUGGUGAUAAGUGGUCUUCGAGCAUCGAAAAAUCUUCAUGCACCGUUGCUACACCGUUUGUUACGUUCAUCGAUGUCAUUCUUUGAUAAGACACCGAUUGGACGUAUUUUGAAUAGACUUGGCAAGGAUAUCGAUGUGAUCGAUCAAUCAUUGCCAACGAGUUUUCGUUAUUUCAUUUAUUGUAUUGAAAAUGUCAUGGCAAUAUUAAUUAUAAUAAUUAUGUCGACACCUAUUUUUUCUAUUAUCAUUGUACUCCUUGCAUUUUUGUAUUUCAUUUCUCUGUACUUCUAUGUUCCAACUUCGCGACAGAUCAAAAGAUUGGAAAGUAUUAAUCGUUCACCAAUUUAUCAGCAUUUCGAAAAAACAAUUCGAGGGCUUACGUGCAUAAGAGCGUUCGAAAAGGUGGAAGAAUUUUGCAAGUUAAUGGAAGCACAUAUUGAUUGCUUCAUAUGUUGUAAAUAUUCCAAUAUCCUAUCGAAUCGUUGGUUAGCAGUACGAUUAGAAUUUAUUGGAAAUUGUGUUGUAUUCUUUGCAGCGCUGUUUGCAGUUCUUUGGCAACGUUGGGGUGUUGCAGUGAGUGCUGGAAUUGCAGGACUCAGUGUUAGCUAUGCUCUAAAUAUUACAGAAGCGCUAAAUUUUGCUGUACGAUAUAUCAGUGAAUUGGAAAUGAAUAUUGUAGCCGUUGAACGUGUAAAUGAAUAUGCUGAAACAUCAACUGAAGCAGAAUGGAGAGUUGAUCAUUUUAAGCCAAAGAAAGAUUGGCCAUCAAAAGGACAGAUAUCGUUAAUAAACUAUUCAACGCAUUAUCAUUCUAAGUUUGAUUUGGUUUUGCAUCAAUUGAAUGCCUUCAUUGCGCCUGCUGAAAAAAUUGGCAUUGUUGGCCGAACAGGCGCAGGCAUGCCUCUUAUGCAUCUUUUAUUUUUUUCUAGAAUCUCUUUAGCGCUGGCAUUAUUCCGAAUUAUUGAACCUGUCAGUGGUACAAUUAUUAUUGAUGAUGUUGAUAUUUCAGUUAUAGGCUUACAUGACCUUCGUUCUAAUCUCACAAUCAUUCCACAGGAUCCGGUCUUAUUUUCGGGGACACUUCGAUUUAAUUUGGAUCCGUCUUGUGCUUAUUCUGAUCGGGAAAUAUGGACAGCUCUAGAAUUGGCACAUUUGAAAACAUUCGCUUCAAGCUUGCAAUAUCGGAUCAUUGAGGGAGGUGAAGAUAUUAGCGUUGGACAACGCCAACUUAUUUGUUUAACUCGUGCACUCCUUCGUAAGAGUAAAGUUUUAAUCUUAGAUGAAGCUACAGCUGCUGUAGAUCUGGCAACUGAUUUAUUGAUUCAGGAGACAAUUCGUCGUGAAUUUCACGCCUCAACUGUACUGACCAUUGCACAUCGUUUAAACACCGUAAUCGACUAUGAUAGGAUUAUAGUCCUUGAAAAUGGUUUCAUACGAGAAUUCGACACACCACAGAAUCUGCUUGCUAAUCGCUCUUCAAUCUUUUUCUCCAUGGCAUGUGAUGCUCAAAUUGUCCGUUAA